AUGGGGCCCCCAGGCAAUAGGGGAUCAUGGGGCCCAUGUGUCCUCGUCCACACUCAAACCAUGCCCAAAAAAACCUAUAAAAUGUACCAAGGGCAUCUCAUAGGGCCCCCUACUGACCCCGGGCCCUCGGGCUGUGCCCCAGUGCUCGAAUGGUCAGUCCACCCCUGCAUAGAUUCUAUUGUCAAAUAUAGCAUCUGUGAGCAGCAAUAUAAGCACUGAUUGGCUGUUUCAGCUUUCAUGCUUGUUUCAGUUGUUUCAGCUUUCAUCCUUGUUGAGAUGUAAACAAAAGUUACCUUUUAAAUUAACUUUAAGGCAUGAAAUAAUGUGAGCAUUUUGUACCUAUAGUAAAACU